UCAUAGUGAUUAGAAGCUAUAUUUACGUAAUACACACUCGUAAUCUCAUCAUUACACCUCUGUCGCUAGAUGCAAAAUGUACGUCAUUAUGAGCGACCUAAUGCCGGGUGAAACACGUACGUAAUAGCCGUAUUAUGUACGUGGUGUUAUGUGGCAACGCCGCAAAACUCGCCAUUACGUACGUGUUACGUUUGGACAUAAUUUAACAAAUUUAACCGGUGAAGUUUGGUCACUCAUAGACGCACAUUUUUUGCAUCUAAACAACAGAAGUGUAAAAUGCUUGAAGCACUUUGAAAAUGGGUGUCGAGAUUAUCAUAGGUAGCCAAAGCCAUAGUCAGUCGACUGUAAAUAUGAAUUCGAACAUCAUUGAAAUUUCACCGGCACCAUAUGAUCCUGAUUUGGAAAAAGCAAAAGCCAAAACCAAAAAAACAAAUAAACCAUUCGGUGAAAUAAUAGUGGGGCCUAGACAUGUCAUGUUUCCGAAACCGUAUGCCGAAUGGGCCGACAAAAUUCUGAAUAUGGAAAUUCGUAAAGAUGAUAUUUGGAUUAUCUCAAUUCCUCGGAGUGGAACUACCUGGACCGAAGAAAUGGUUUGGUUAUUGUGCAAUAAUUUAAAUUACGAUGCUGCUAAAGGAAGUAUUCUUCAUAAACGAUUUAUGUAUCUUGAAUUAGCCGCAAUGAUGGGAGAUAAAAAAUUAGCUGAUGAGUUUUGGACUGUUGAUAAAGUGAUGAAUGCCGAAUCACCUAGAUUUAUAAAAACUCAUGUAUCUUUGGAAUUGUUACCUAAGCAGUUGUGGACAGUAAAACCCAAGAUAAUUUAUGUGUAUCGUAAUCCAAAAGAUGUAGUCAUCUCUCAAUACCAUUUCGUUUGCAUGAUCAAUGGGUAUGAAGGAACAUUUGAAGAAUGGGCUGAGAUAUUUAUUCGAGAUGAAUGUAUUUAUAAUCCAUUUUGGACUCACGUUCUUGAUUUUUGGGAAUUCCAGAAAACUCACGAUGUAUUAUUUCUAACUUACGAAAAAAUGAAAGAAGAUUUGGUAUCAGUUGUACACAAAGUAGCAGAUUAUCUAGGUACCAGUUUAACUUCGGAACAAGCUAAGAAAUUGACCCAGCAUUUAGAUUAUAAUAGUAUGAAACAUAACGCUGCCGUUAACCAAGAAAAGCAAUUGACUGCGUUCAAAAUUGUAGAAAAACCGGAGGAUGCCAAUUUCAUUAGAAAAGGUUGCAGCGGCCAAUGGAAGGAAAAAAUGACACCCGAAAUGAUCGUCAGAUUUGAUAAUUGGUCGAAGCAAUACAUCGCUGGGACGGAUUUCAAUUUCUACGAAUGAACUUGUUUAGUAAACAGUUACAAGAUAAGCGCAAUAUCGGGUAGCAUUUCAGAAUUUUUCAAAAAAGUUUGUUUUCCACACAUAUCAAAAGUAGGUAUAUGAAAAAUGAAAUAAACGAGUAGGUAUACAUAUAAUAAUUUGACGUAGUUAUAAAAAAAUAAAUUGAUUUAUUUCUCAUUA